AAUGGCGCCGGCGCGCAAAAGAUAACCUAAAUGUCAAGUGUCACCUCUAAAGAAACUUUAUCAAAUUGUAUUACGGCAUAGAAAUAGUUAGUUUCAUCUUUAAAGAUUUCAGUGUUUACAAAGAAAUAAGAAAAGAUGAGUCGAAAUUUAAAAGCACUGAUCGGUCCUUCGAUCUUGAACUCUGAUUUGUCAAGACUCUACGAGGAAUCUCAAAAAUUGCUGGAUAAUGGUGCUGAUUAUUUACAUUUAGAUGUUAUGGAUGGCCACUUCGUCCCUAAUUUGACUUUGGGCCACCCGGUAGUAAAAUGCUUACGCAACAAAAUUAAAGAUGUAUUUUUUGAGACCCACAUGAUGGUUUCAAAACCAGAACAGUGGAUUGUGCCAAUGGCAGACGCUGGAGUUAAUCAAUAUACAUUCCAUAUUGAACCAGUUGAUAAUGUUGUAGAAGUAUGUCGAAAAAUAAGGGAAAAUGGGAUGAAGGUUGGGCUUGCAAUAAAACCAGGUACACCAGUUUCAGAAGUUGAAAAAUACAUAUCCAUAUCUGAUAUGGUGCUUAUAAUGACAGUUGAACCAGGCUUUGGUGGUCAAAAGUUUAUGGAGGACCAAAUGACCAAAGUGAAAUACCUGAGAGAACACUAUCCACUACUGGAUAUUGAAGUGGAUGGUGGGGUAGGACCAGCUACCAUAAGUUGCUGUGCCAAUGCAGGGGCUAACAUGAUUGUAUCGGGAACAGCUGUUAUAGGAGCAGCUGAUCAGGCAGCAACCAUCAGAUCACUGAGAGACACUGUUCAACAAGCUAUUGAGAAAAGAUAAUUCAUGUUCCUAGCAUUUGACUUGAAAGUCACACAUUCUUCCAUUAUAUUUAAGGGUUUAAAAGACAUAUUUUUCUACUGAGGUUAUUUUGAAAUAAAACUAUUAAAUCAUU